AUGUUGUCGCCGAGGCCACGGCCACGGGUAAACAUUUCCGCCAUAACAUUCACUGCCCUCUUCACUUGUGUUUUAUUCCUGGCAUCACCAGUCUUCGCCCUCGCUCAACAUCUCCGUCAUAGUAACCUUCACAUAGAGCCAGUGCAACGCAGUGCAAAUGAUCAGGGUCUAUCUCAUCGACAUCUAUCAUCUCGUUUUCAUGCAGCAAUUAUUGAGCAUGAAACUUCGGUAGAUACACCGGCUGCGGGCCAGGGAGACUAUACAUGCGGACCAAACAAGCCAUGCUAUAACGGAGCUUGCUGUGGUGAUAGCGGCUGGUGUGGUUUUGGCCCUACGUACUGUGGCAAGGGCUGCCAAUCGAACUGCAAUGCUACAGCUGAUUGCGGCCAGUUUGCUCAUACACCUGGAUCCCCUUGCCCUCUGAACGUCUGUUGCUCUGAGUUUGGCUUUUGCGGAACUACUUCAGACUUUUGUGGCAAAGGCUGCCAGUCUAACUGCCAGCAGCCCAAGCCUUCCGGACCUUCCACAAAUGUACAGCAAAGGAUUAUUGGUUAUUGGGAAGCCUGGAAUUCUCAACACCCGUGUGGUACAAUGGCUGUUGGCGAGAUUCCCGUUAAUUAUUUAACCCACCUUAAUAUUGCUUUUGGAUACAUUAGCCACGACUUUCGUAUUACAAAUAUGGAUGGAGUAUCUUCAGAUUUGUACCGCAAUGUGGGUAACCUCAAAGCCAGAAAUCCAAAUCUCAAAAUCGUCAUCUCUUUGGGAGGAUGGGCCUUCAGCGAUCCUGGCCCUUGGCGCAGCGUUUUCCCUACAAUGACGUCUUCGUCAGCAAAUCGCGCGACAUUCAUUCAGAAUCUGCUAGGUUUUCUCUCAGAGUAUGGCUACGAUGGUGUUGAUUGGGAAUAUCCCGGGGCCGACGAUCGAGGUGGCAGUGACGCAGACGCUGCUAAUUAUGUUGCGCUGUUGAAAGAGUUGCGAGCAGCUAUAGCCAGCAGUGGCCAUAGUUACAUUGUCACAUUUACAGCCCCAACAUCGUAUUGGUACUUGCGGCACUUUGACAUUAAAAGCAUGGCAUCAUAUGUUGAUUGGAUCAAUCUCAUGUCAUAUGACCUUCAUGGGGUCUGGGAUAGUACAAAUCCAAUAGGUUCCCAAGUUCUUGCUCACACUAAUCUAACUGAGAUUGACUUGGCUUUGGAUUUGUUCUGGAGAGCUGAAAUAGAUCCAUCCAACAUUGUACUGGGUCUUGCCUUUUAUGGUCGAACCUUCAACUUGAAGUCGUCAUCUUGCUGGAAGCCUGGCUGUCCAUUUGGAGGCCCAGGAGAUGCGGGUCCGUGUACUGAUACGGCAGGCAUUUUGUCAUAUCGAGAAAUCCAGACGAUACUUGAUCAGACCGGUGCGGCUUCAUAUCUGGAUAAAGAGGCCGCUGUGAGAUACUUGGUAUAUGGUAACAACAGCUGGGUUUCCUUUGAUGAUGAUAUCACCUUCCAAGCAAAAAUCGAUUAUGCCAGUAAGAUAGGCCUUUCGGGACUUAUGGUUUGGGCGGUUGAUCUCGACGACAGCAAACUGAACGCCCUCAGAGCCAUCUCAGGAGCCAGUGGAGAGACUGGAGCUGAUAGCGCCUUUUCACUUGUUGAUCUGAAGUAUUUGUUCCCCUCAGAAGACCUUCCAUCCUCUGACUCACAGCCUUCAUACGGCCUCGUCACAUUUGGCAGUGGUGGGGAUUUGCAUGAUGUUAGUCCCGCAUCUGGACCGUUCGGCUUUUUUCUGGUUGCGGGAGACUCUCACGUUGUCACAAAUCUGAAGAAAAGGAAAGGUGAACCGGAACCAUUUACCUUCCUUGACUGUCCUUCAAAUGUUCGAGAUCAGCCAGAACAUAAAGUUCAAAGCGCAAGAGUAACCUGUCUGAGCGAUGACUUGGAAGGCUGCUUCCGAAUACUUGAACGUGGCGUUGAAGGAACCAUUGUUGAAAUGCCGGACAACAGCUAUUUCUCUGAAUAUCUCACCAGAGAUAUGCCAGACCAAUCAGUACCUUUGGGCAUCAGAGACGGGAUUCCCCCUUCUCCCGUAUAUGAUUUUUCGUUUGACUUCAACCUUGGACUUAUGCGCAGAGACUCAGACAACACGAGAUUUCGAUUGGAUUACUCUAACGUCCCCGGCUAUUGGAACCAUCUUGUCAACGCACCAGGCAUACAAUCUAGAGAUUUGAACAAUUUGGAGAGUCGGUUCUUCGCUCCAACAACAGAAGAUUGGAACACAGCAUUUGAAACCAUCGAAUUCGAUUGGUCUCCCACAGACGCUACGCAGAUUCAAGAAGAUGUGAGCGCGCCGGUUUUCUGGCAGUCCGCGGGCGACUGCUCUAUAGGUAACUCUACCUAUGCAGAAGGCUUUGGUGCAUUUGUUCAAGGCAAGAUUGAUGCACAAUUUUGGUUUGGUUUCUCUAUGAUUGCAACACUCAAGGACAACAAAUUUGAUGUUCAUCAAGCGCAUGGCUUUCUCAAAGCAAGGGGGCAAACAGAUCUAACAUAUGGCAUUGGUGGCAUUGGGGACAUUGAUAUCUCUAAAGCAGGAAAAGGCAACCCAGCCAUUAGCGAUGAUAAUCUCGUUAACCUAAAAGGGCAUACAAUCAAUACUCCAAAAUCUGGGGGGAGGAUUUCGCUUAACCCAUAUUAUCAACUCACUUAUCAAAUGGCCACUUUCAAUGGGUCGACCGGUAACGAUUUUGAGAACAGUGUGGCUUCAUUCAACGGACGGCUGACUACUCGCAUUAUCACGGAUCUUGGAGAUUUUCAGGCAAACUUUCCGCCUCCUGAAAAUCUACCCAAUGAGGCGUACAAUGACAAACGCCAGCAGAAUAAAAUAUCUAUUCCUGAAAACGACAUCCUAUACGGCACUUCUAAUGACGGAGGCCACAUUGCUAUCGGUACUAAUCUCAUUUUUGGGUUGAAGUUGGAAUUUUUUGUCUUCGGUGACUUAUUCAGAUGGGACUUUGAUCUACCAAAGAUGAAUCUGGUGUAUAACACCAUGGAAAUCUUUACUUUCUCUCCAGGAAGUGCGGACCACCCUGAAUUUGCAUGUUCUGACUACGAGGUCAUCUUACAGUUUUUGGACUCAAGUACAAAUGUUUAUCAAACAGUGGAAAAAGGAGAAUCUCUUGGUUGGAAUGAUUCCAACGCCUUGACAGCAAAUCUCGCAUAUGAUCGACAAAUACCCUCUCGAGGCCAAGUUUGCUACCCAGCAGCGGACAGUUCAAAAAAACGCCGCGAUAUACACACCGCUGAUAGCGGAAACCUAUCACAUGAGAAAACGGAUAUACCACUCGAUCAUAUGUAUCCGGAUGCCGAUUGCCUUGAAUGCAAGAAGCAGUCUCUUGGUCCUCGAGGAUUCGGGCAGAUUAACCCAUGGCAAUACAGCCCUUACUCCCCAGCGGAACCGAGCAUUUAUUUUGUAGAUGCUCAGGACCUCAUCACAUUCGACAGCUCGAAACCUAAAUUUGAUUGUAGAGAUUGUCAGACUUGUUAUGAAGAAGAGGUAAGCGAAUGUUGCGGAUGCGUUUCUCUGGACGUUACGUGGCCCAAUAUGCUGGAUAUGUCUCCUUGCGACAUUGACGUAUGUGAACCGCUCACUGGCGCGUGGCUGGGCACCUCUUCCAUUUCAAAAAGACAAGAAGACCUUUCUGAACUCAAAUGCGAGAUAAUGAAUGAUACAUUUGUCGAUGAUGGACAAUCACUAUCUCCACGGCAGCCUGCAAAUCCGGUAAUAAAUAUAACAAAGAAGCGAAUUUCGGUUUGCAAAGUCCCCUUUGGACUAAACGCGCCAUACAACUAUCCAUCAUUUCCGGAAAACCCUAACACGCAGUGGGAUGGAGGGAAAUUUGAUGCAGUAUCGAGGUACUGGGGCAACACAUCAGGAAUUUGCCAAAGCUGGGCAGUAGGCAAGGUGCAGCCUGCGGACGUGACAUAUAUACCCAAUAGUCUCGGAGGGUACAAUCGGCAAAGGUCGCUUUAUCAAACCGAGCACCCUUUUGAGGCGCAGUUGAUCAGCAACUUCUUUACCAAUUGGCUGGACAAGGGCCGGUUAAAUGACCUGGACCAAUUUGUCUACUCAACACCCAAGAUGCCAUGUGCCGUGACCAAGGCCUGGGUAAACAAGGUUGUCCCAGAUUUCCAGAUAUUGCGUAACGGAGUGCUAGGGAGCGCAGCAUUUCCUCAGCUUCUCUUGACAGAGCUGGGCAGUCAACAGCACCAGGACCGCCUCACCAUUAUGCUCGCGAGGCUUAAUGGGAGGAAAGGAAGAAUGUUUCAAGGGCACAGAAUUGUAAUCGAUGAUAAUUACAAAUUGCAAACUCAGCAAGAACAGCUCUUAGUAGCAAAGGAAGUGGGCAUGAUAUUCAAUUAUUUCAACACAAAAGAAGUGUGGGAUAUGUUUUGCGCUUCAUAUGAGGCCAUGUACGACCACAUGGGUGCCUUCAAUACUUUUUACGCGCGACAGGGCCAAGCUGUCACGAUACCAGACUUACAAACCGAAUGGGAAGAGUUUGUCCGGACUACUCUAGACAACAUAGUGACUCGGAGUCUCACCGCUUUUGACAUGAUGUACGAGAACAGACGUGCGGGUACCAGCUUUUUCAGUACUAUAUUUCCGAUUGCAUGGCUGUAUAACAAAUAUUGGAACAGGGGUUCGAUUAGGUUGACCGGAACGUGUCCGCAUUUAGGCGCUACUAGAGUGUAGAUUUAUGUUAACUACUGCUACUACUGCUACUACUGCUACUACUGCUACUACUGCUACUACUGCUACUUUUGAAUACAGCUUGUAAUUC